AUGCAAUGGAAACGGAGAAUUAGGCAAAAUAUUUUCAGAAUUAUGUCGGAAAAACAUUACAUCCUCGAUAUAUCUGAUGAACGGCACGAUGAUCAACGACAUCAACAUUACGUACAUGCUUUGCGUGCAAAGAAAAGUAGAUUUCAAACUGAGCGACAGUAUCGAUUGUAUUCUCCAGAGCGCGCUCGACCGAUUACUCGAUUAGGAAAAGCAAAAGAGUUAAUUGAAGAUGAAGAUGCAGACGAGGAAAGAUUUUCUUACGAACCAUACGAAUCAAUAGAUAUUUGGGACUUUGCUUAUCGCCGAUGUCGAUAUGAGUUCUCAAUAUCAUAUGCCAUUCGAUUGAAAGAUGCUGACUUUCUUGAAGUACUUCUUCGCCAGUUAAAAUUGAAUUAUGAAAAUGACUUUCACCCAAAAGUUAAAGAUAAUUUCGGUAGAAGAAGAACAAGACAUCGAAGAAGAAUAACGAGAAGCGAAACAAUGCUUACUGAUGCAAUUAAGAAUGCGGAUUCGCGAUGUGUUGAAACAAUAUUAGAUGGUGUAUAUGACGGUUUUAUCUAUUCAACAAUUGUUGAUCAUGUGUGUGCUAACGGAAGAACUGCUCUUUGGCAUGCUUGUAGAAAAGGAGACUUCAAUUUUGUCCGUGAACUCGUAGAACGUGCGCACGCAAAUGUCAAUAGAUGUGGAGUUUUACUCGUUGCAAUUCAAAAUAAUCAUGAGGAAAUUGUUAAUUAUCUAUUACAACAAGGAUGUGAUCCUAAUCGACGAGUGAAAAAUUAUAAUGAAAGUGCGCUACACAUCGCUUCGCGUCGAAAUCGACUCGCAAUAGUCAAAUUAUUAUUGAAAUACGGUGCCGAGGUCAACGUACUCGAUUAUAAGAAGAGAACUCCUCUAGAUUAUGCUGUACAUAAAAGAUAUGUUGACAUUGCUAGAAUUCUUAUUGAGCAUCAUAAUGGACGCUUCAUUAUGGGUCAAGCAGGAUUCACCCCAUUGAUGUUAGCAGCAUAUUGCGACAAUAAACCCAUCGUACAAUUACUUGUGAACAUAUUACCUGAUCAACAGGUUUUAGACGAAUUGCUUCUCUUGGCUUCUCGGUAUACAAUUGAUGGUAAUUUAAGUAAGCGUGAUGAGGCCUAUUGUUAUUUUGAGAGGGCAUUAAGUCGAGCAGCACCAGCAUGUAUCAAUCCGUCUUGUGAAGCUUAUGAGUAUCUUACUGAAUGUCAAACACUUGACGAGCUUGUUUCCAUACGAAACGACGAUAAUAAACUACGAAUGUACGCAUUAGUUGUUAGUGAACGGCUUUUACUUCAGAAAGGUGAACUUAAGCAUCUUCUCACACUGAUUAUGAAACAGAGUGAUGUGUACCGAUGGCAGAGACUAUUCCGUCGUUGCCUACAAUUACGAAUGCAUGCUUAUCAACUACUAUUACAAGCAGAAGAUCAUCGUAAAUACGAUGAGAAAGUGCAGAAAAGUUAUCUUUUUCAAAUUGUCAGUAGUUUAUACAAGAUAUUGGAAACAGAAAAGAGAAUACCUGUUCAUUCACUGGCGCGUAUUUGGUCAUGGAUACUCGAUGAAUUCAAUCGGUCAUUAAACGAUGUCUUAAUUAAGCUUCUAAUGAUUGUGUUUUAUCUCUUGGAAACUAACAACAUCAAUGGCAAUGAAAAAUAUAUUCUUGUCGGUCUCCUUGUGCGACUUAUACGUAAAAAUAUUUUCAUAAAGCAACAAUACAGUCCUUUGAGAUAUUUUAUUAAUCAAGCUGUCUCGGACGUAAAUGAACUUACAUGCGCUUCUGCUAGUCUACCAGCAUUGUCCAUCAUUCGAUGGUUGAUAUAUGCUGGAGCAGACGUCAAUGAAACCGAUUCACAUUCAAAGAUGACCCUGCUGCAUUACAUCGUACAACCCUAUAACAUCGAUAAAGCAAGACCAAUACUUCAAAUUCUUCUGGAUGCAGAUGCACACAUCGAUUGUGUUAACGCAUACGGUCGUUCACCAGAGGAUUAUGUCGAUGAUAGGGAAGUCAAAGAAAUUCUACGAGCUCAUCGAAAAAUUUCGCUCAAAUGUCUAUGCGCCCAUCUGAUUGUUUCCAGCAAAAUAUCUUAUAAACAUUGUCGUUCGCCGAAAUUAGUUCAUUUUGUAAACAUCCACAGUGACGAUAAUGGCGGAUCCAGAGUCUUCAAGAAACCAAAUGCUUCCUCAAACGAAUGGACUAUGGAAUUAGAGUGGUAG